AUGAACUCACACAACGGUUUUGACAAGCGAAACGUGAGUCAGGCGGUGGCGGCGCUGGUUGGCGGCGACCGGAGCGCUUUCUACGGCUGCGCGUUCACCGGCUUCCAGGAUACGCUUUGCGACUACACCGGCCGGCACUACUUCCGCGACUGCUUCAUCAAGGGCGCCGUCGACUUCAUCUUCGGUUACAGCCAGUCCAUCUACGACGGCUGCACCGUCGUGUCCAACGUGCCCAUGUCGCACAGCCGGCAGCCAGGGUGGGUGACGGCGCACGGCAGAAUCGGCGCCAGCAGCCCCGGCGGGCUGGUGUUCAAGGGCGGCGAGAUCGGAGGGACUGGCCGCCAGUACCUCGGCCGUGCGUGGAACGAGUACGCCACAGUGGUCUUUUACCACGUGAACAUGUCCGGCGUCGUUAUCCCGCAAGGAUGGGAUGGCUCGAAGAACGUCGGCCCCGAUACGAUGUUCGCAGAGGUUGGUAAUACCGGGCCGGGGUCAGACAUGGCCAUGAGAGUGCCGUGGGAGAAGCAUCUGACCGAUGCGGAGGUGAAGAGGUUCGUGGACAUCAGCUUCAUCGAUGAUGGUUGGCUAGCCAAGCAGCCAUAG